AUGCAGCGCCCUCCCAGGAAGUUACACUAUUUGAAAUGCCACCAAUGCCGCAAGGAUCGUCAAAAGUGCACCCCUACCGAUCGCUGUUGGCCUUCUCGGAAACGUGACCGCUGCAUCAAGUUCUCUUAUCCUUGCUCGCCAAAUGUCACCGCUCGCGGCGAAGCGGCAAGGCCUCUGAAACCCCCCGAGAUCCCUCAAGGGAAACAGCCGGCCUCACUUGACUUCAACCUAGAGAAUCACGACUUCGGUGCCGACUACACGGCAGCUCAACCUGGUCGAUCAAGUCUUCAUAAUAUGGAGAACCCAUCUAGCGACACUAGUCAAGACUUUCCCGGAACGUCAUCUAUCGAAGGUGCUUUUGCCGAGACGUUUGCCCCAGGUCGUGUCAACGCCAGUUGCACAAUUUUCUUCUCCCAAUUGAAACUUUCAAGGUGGAAUCUUACGACUUGUUGCAUGGCCCUCGAGUCUCUGGCGCCUGAGGAUACGUUGAACAGGUUGCUUCUUGGCAAAGCGUCUGUGCUCGGAGAAGCCACUGCAAUCGAGCUGCAGAACAGGCUUCUCCAACGUGAAGGCCUUGUCGCUUCAAGUUUUGUCCGAGAUGUACGUAUUCGACAGGAGAUGGCUAAAGGGAGCAGUCGAGAUAAAGCUGUGAGAACUAUCACUGCAGGCGAGGUUUCCCAUCUACUAACAUCAGGGACGACAAAAGGCAAGAGUCAGUCAGCACUGAAGGACAUCGUCGCCGCCGCUCGUCGUAUUCGAGAAGGAGACAGGUGGAGUGAGCUAGUUGAAGUGUUUGGUGCUCGCGAGGUGCUCCUCGUUGACGCAUAUCACGCCAAAUGCCGUUUUCGAUUUGGGAAAAUGAGCGAAUGUGACAUUCACACCGAGUUUGGGGAUGUGAAAAACCUCGAGUGUUGCCCAGAAAGCCAACCUUCUUUCAGCAUUGACAGAAUCGUGAAGAAAGGGACCGAUGAAAUUUUUGCGACGCUCAAGGCGAUACUGCUGACACCUGAGCUUCAAAUGCAGGUGACUCUUCGGCGGUUGAGCGGGCUCACCCCUGUGAUUCACCGCCUUUUCGGACCUGACAAGAUAGACCGUUUCCUUGCUGUCUACAGUGGGCUAUCUCCUUUUCUGGAUGUGAAGCUCAAUCUCGGUGAACACGACUCUGACUGGUUUCAGAAGUACACGUUCUGUCCUGAAGGUUUGGAAGAAGCAAAACCCUUCGACGCCGAACUUUUGCUCUCAGUGAUCUCAUCCAAGUUCGAAGACGCCGUAAAAGAAGCAAAACUCUCCAGUCCGGGCCUUUUGCAUUCAGAGAUGUCUUCGAAGAUCGAAGACGCGCUCGGAUAUGUCAGCUUUCAAACUGCUUCUGAGUCCGAUGACGGGUCUGACGUGUGGGAUUUUCGCGAUGACGACGCUAGCGAUGAGGACACUAGCGAGGACGACGAAAAGGGCGACGGAAAAGGCGAUGACAAAAAUGACGGCGAUCCGGACGAGUUUUCUGGUAUCAAUGAAGAAGAUUUCGGCUUCGAUGAGGAUUUCUGUAUUCACUUCCAGAACAGCGACGCAUUUGCUUCAUUUUCACUCUAG